AUGGUACCUGACACCAAAAAUAUCUGUGUUUUAGGAUACAAGUUUCAUGGAAGCCGAGAUCCCUUAGAACCUCCGAGACGUUACUACCUUGUUCACACGAAGCGUUUAAGACUCGUUAAGGGUCGGGGGACACGCACAGAGGCACGAGCUCUCCCCGCUUCCCCACCCAGCUACCCUGGCACGGAGAAGCCGGCCGACCCUCCUGCUGCCCCCCGGGCCGAGCCGAACCGAGCCAGGCCAAGGGACAAGGAAAAAUUUCUGGCGCAGUUCCCCGGGCCCGGACCGGCUCUGGACACUGUGCUCACCUACCUCCGGAAACACCAGAGAGAAGAGAUAAGGGAGCUCCUCUGCACUUCCAUGGAGGAUUAUGCCCCGUCGGAGGUGAAUCUUGAGGACUUCUUCCAGACUGGGAAGUACGAAUGUGAGGCUGCCCGGAACGCAGGCUUACCCGGCUGGGUGCUCGAUGCUCUGGCAAAAGGUAAGCUGGCCCCGUUCAUCAGCGAUGCCCUGAUACUGAGGAGUACCUUCCUCCACGUCCAGGUGGAGAACAUGCAGAGACCCAGUGCACACAGCACAGCCUUGCCCAUUCGACAAGUUAUCUACGGACUGCUGCUGAACGCACCACGAGGUCCUGAAGCUGCUUCUCCGAGUAGGCAGAGCAAGGAGCUGCCAGUUGUAUGUGAAUUUGACAGACUCCAAAAGACACUUAAAAAAACAUUCGUUCAAGCAGCAAGCCUACCCACAGAUUUUUGUGAUGAUCAUUUUCCUUUGGACAAGUUAACGGAGGUGCCCAGGUCACGCCGUCAGAUGCUUUUGCUGGAGACUCUAAGAGUGAAAAUGAGCUUCAUGGAAUCCAUCCCCAGCCACUUACAACUCCCUGUUGCUGUAACAUGUUACUGGAUAUGUUGUUCAGAGCCAAAAGUGAACUUGCAUCAAUUAAAGGCUUUAUUUCUAAUGAUAGUAUUUGGAGAACUGCACAGGAUAACAGAAGAUCCAGGCUUUACAGUGGGACCCUUGUGCACAGACUGUAUCAAGAGCUCAAAUCAACACCUUCGGUAG